ACACCUUUGCUGUUUCAGUCUGCUCGACCUACUACAGACAGGGAAGUCUCCACACGCGCGAGCCUGUCUGCUCCACACUUGUUAUCACAACAGAGUUGAUUGAAACUUGACCUGGAUCUCUGACUGAGUGAGGAAUAACCUUCCCUGCAGGAGGCUUCGGAUCCAGAGCUACCGGAUCCUUUCUGUGCCAACACAGAGUGGAGAUUUAGCCACACUGGGGGGAGUUCAACUCCUCCAGCGCUGCUCGGAAGUAACAGCGGGAUACAAAAAGCAGCCUCUGUUUACACAGACUUAUCGCCCUCCCUCUUUGAUCCAUACUUCGGUCCCGACUUCUUUGCCCUUGUCCCUCCUGUCCUCAGGGGAACUCUCAUCCCUCUGACAGCAUACAACACCUCAUCUCGGCACCCAUUCAUUCAUCUCAUAAUGAACUCCUCUACCUCCAUUACAUCCCUCUUCUCCUUCACCAGCCCGGCAGUGAAGCGCCUGCUCGGCUGGAAACAAGGGGAUGAGGAGGAGAAGUGGGCGGAAAAGGCUGUGGAUUCUCUAGUGAAGAAACUGAAGAAGAAGAAGGGGGCCAUGGAGGAGCUGGAGAGAGCCCUCAGCUGCCCUGGGCAACCUAGCAAGUGCGUGACAAUUCCUCGCUCUCUGGACGGCAGGCUGCAGGUGUCCCACAGGAAGGGGCUGCCCCACGUCAUCUACUGCAGGGUGUGGCGCUGGCCCGACCUGCAGUCCCACCACGAGCUGAAAGCGUUGGAGUGCUGCGAGUUCGCUUUCGGCUCCAAGCAGAAGGACAUCUGCGUCAACCCGUACCACUACAGGCGCGUGGAGACCCCAGUGCUUCCACCUGUUCUGGUCCCGCGCCACAGCGAGUUCAACCCUCAACACAGUUUACUGGCAAAGUUCAGGAACGCCUCCCUGCACACAGAGCCUCUCAUGCCCCAGAACGCCACCUACCCAGACUCCUUCCCUGCGCUGCCCUGCCCCUCUUUCUCCUCCUCCCCUUCUUCCUCCCACGUCCAGUCUCCCACUUCACAGAGCUACCCCGACUCCCCCAACAGCUCAGCAGAGCCUGGCAGUCCGUACCACAUCACAGCCGAGACUCCCCCACCUCCGUACAGCAUGAUGGAGACGAGCCCUCAAGACGAUGUGAAGCCCAAUAACUCCACAGAAACACUCAAACUCACAUUCUCUGCUCCACACACAGAUUUAAGGCCCGUAUGUUAUGAGGAGCCAGAGUACUGGUGCUCGGUUGCUUACUACGAGCUCAACAACCGGGUUGGGGAGACGUUCCACGCGUCGUCCCGCAGCGUCUUGGUGGACGGCUUCACAGACCCUUCCAACAACAAGAACCGCUUCUGCCUCGGCCUGCUAUCCAAUGUCAACCGCAACUCCACCAUCGAACACACACGCAGGCACAUAGGCAAAGGUUUACACCUGUACUAUGUGGGCGGCGAGGUGUAUGCAGAGUGUCUGAGCGACAGCAGUAUCUUCGUCCAGAGCCGCAACUGUAAUUUCCAGCAUGGUUUCCACACCACCACUGUGUGUAAGAUCCCCAGCGGCUGCAGCCUCAAGAUCUUCAACAACCAGCUGUUUGCCCAGCUCCUCGCCCAAUCGGUCAACCACGGCUUUGAGGUCGUCUAUGAGCUCACCAAGAUGUGCACCAUCCGCAUGAGCUUUGUCAAGGGCUGGGGUGCCGAAUACCACCGGCAAGAUGUCACCAGCACCCCCUGCUGGAUCGAGGUACAUCUGCACGGGCCCCUGCAGUGGCUGGACAAGGUCCUCACACAGAUGGGCUCCCCGCACAACCCCAUCUCUUCAGUGUCAUAACAUACCGUCUCUCACACAGGUAGUCGUGUAUUCUGUAUGUUCUGCUUUGUCCGGGUUUUCUGUCCAAAGGCGCUUCUAUUGACAUCUAAAUGUCUAAAACAGCGUUGUCCAAACUACGGCCCGGGGGCCAAAUGCGGACCGCGGGCCAUUUUGAAUCGGCCCUCAACAAAUUAAAAAAGUAUAAUGGAGUAUGGCCCUCAAAUGAAACUUGUGCUUGUCUUGUAUUGUACUUCUUACGUAUAGAUGAAAACAGAUAUUACACUGUAGUAAUCAUGUGUUAAUAAGCACGCUUUUCAAAUAAAUUCAGUCAAUUAAAGUUGAAAACAUUUUCUAAAAAAUCUAAGUUGAUAAGAAAAAAGCCCAAUCACUUAUUUUCAUAAUAAGCUUGAAAUAAACCCUUCCUAUUUCCUCUUAUGAUAAGCGAUCUGGGGCUCCUGUUUUAAGGAAUGAGCUGCCAACAAAAUAAUUGAAACCCUAUGGAGAGCUGGGAUGUAGGCUGAUUAAGCAUCAUUUACCUACAUUUGAUUGAUUUUGCUAACGUAUAACUUAACUUAUGAGGCAGUAUACCUCACCUCUAGUGAGUGGCCCAGCCCUUCGUAUAUUUGUCUGUAUGUGGCCCUCGGUAAAAAAAGUUUGGACACCCCUGAUCUAAAAUAUCAGUUACCUCUGCCGCAUAACUGAAACCUACCAUGGAUUGGAUUUCAUGAACACAUUUUCAGCACAUGAUCAAGUGUUACCUAAUUUCGGUAAGACAGAUAAAGCACUCUUUGUGUUCAUUGGGAUGUUAACUGCACUCCAUUACAAGUAAAAGUGGGAUAUAUUUGUAGGUACUCAAAGACUUGUUAUUACAUGUUGUAAAUGUUAUUACGAUUGUAUGUAAUGUAUUUCCAUGUGUUGCAUAAUGUGUGACUUCAUGUACUGUUUGCUCGUGUUCCAUUAAAGUUGAUUUUUUCUUUAAGAAUCCA